AUGUCUCGCGGCGGCACGACUCUCUACGUGACCGGCUUCAGCCACGGCACUCGCGCACGCGAUCUCGCUUACGAAUUCGAACGAGUUCCUCGCAUCCUUGUUCGUCCUCUGCCGUCCUCUUUCCCGUCUCUCGCCUUCCGUCCUCUUCGUCCUUCUGUUCGCGAUCGUCUUCCUCGUCCUCCUCCUCGUCGCGACCCCUCGUCAAACCGUGUUUUCACCCUCGUUUGCGCCCCCCUGCUCCUCGCUGCCAUUCUCGCUUUCGUCUGCGUACGCGCCUCAUCCUGCCCAGGCCUCUAUCCAGCGAAGGAGCGAAUGGACGUCGUUGGGCAAUACGCGAAGGGUGGCACGAAAUGGAACGCAGAGCAUGCAUGUCGUGCCUACGGCCGCCUGGUCCGUUGCGACAUCCCCGCUCCUCGUUCCGCCUCCAGCCGUCUAUUUGCGUUUGUCGAAUACGAGGACCGCCGCGAUGCCGACGAUGCAUACCACGACAUGCAUAACAAGCGUAUUGGCCGUGACGACAUCCUGAAGAUCGAAUGGGCACGCACUCCCCCGUCCGCCUCGUGGCGGUUCGACUCCGGCCGCGAACGCGAUCGCCGCCGCUCUCCCCGUCGUGGCCGCUCCCCGUCUCCUCGCCGCCGUGAUGCUUCGCCUCGUAAGGAUGACCGUCGUGACCGCGACCGCGACUACGACCGCGACCGUGACUCGCGUCGCGACCGCGGUGACCGGUCUCGCAGCCCGGAGCAACGUAGUGACCGUGACCGUGAUGUGAAGGAGGAACGCGACGAGCGCCGUGAGAACGGCACAAACGGUGACGACCGUAAGGAGCGCGAGCGCAUUGACAGCCCGCCUCCCCCAGCUCACGACGACUUGGACGUCGCAGAGUAG